CAGAAACGCCUUUGGGCCUAAACUGCAGCUUAUACGCUCUGUUCCUGCGCUGCAACUCGUCUUCAAAAUCAAACAAAAGCUCGCAAAACGCAAGGUUGAUAAAUUACAGCGCACAGAAUGGAAGCACCAUCAAAUCUUCGUAAGAAGCCCAGGACCGGCGGGAAGAAAAAGCAGCCACCCCACAAUGGUGACAUAGUCUUCACUGACAAAAAAGGAUCCAUCCAGACCAUACCCUCCUUGGCUAAACGGCUGAAAUCAGUCACCGAAACAGUUAUUGGCCUGCAGUAUGUGUGGGAGUAUCGAAGCCCAUCCAAGUCAGUUCCUCCUCAUUACCAGUGUAAACUGUGUAAGGUUCAGAAUGUGCAGAAUGAUAUGGCUGCUCAUGUCCUGGGCUGGAAGCACUCCUUCAGAUACAUGAAGCAGAACCACAAAGACAAGGUUCCUCAUGAUGAGGAGGCAGCAGUUAGAGAUCCAGCCAUCCGAAAAGCUGUUAAAGCUGCUGCUGCUGAAGUGGAAAAAGCCGAGGGCAGAGGUCAAAUUAAGAUGAUGCUUAGGGAGCCUUGUGAGGUCGUGGCGUUUCAGGGAAUGAAAUCUGCACAGCCCCACAUGGGCUUUACGGGAUCUGCAGGUGUCCAUAGGCCACCUCCUCGCAGGUCACAACAAGGUGGCCCAUUUGGAGGGCCUUUCCCAGACCCCAUGUUCAGGGGGGAAUUCUCUCCCCGAGGUGGGUUGAUGUCUGAUUUCACUCUUGAAAUGCAUGGGGGUCCGGUUGAUGGCCCCAUGAGAAGAGGCCAGCCUGACAUGGGAGGCUUCACAAGCCCAGGCCGCUAUGGAAACGGCAUGUCUGGGCCAGACAUGGGGAUAAUGGAACCAGAGGGCAUGCAACAUUUCCUUGACGAUGAAUCCAUGUGCAUGGGCGCAGACGGCUAUGGGACUGGCCAGCAUGGUGAGGGGAUGGGCAGACCUUUCCCCAGUGACAUGCCCAUGAACAGCAGUGCGGACAGAAUGAUGGGGAAUGACCCUAAUGUCAUGGAGGGCAAUAGCAUCCCUGCAACACUGCUCAAAUAUCUGGACUCAUUUCGUAUUGAGAAUGAGGAUGAUGCCCAGAUUGUCCUAAAGGUCACUCAAAAGCUCACAGAUGUUCUCAUGGAGUACCGCCUUCGGAGUAUUUCAUCGGUGCCACUGCCCAGUAUAAAGUCCAUACCCUCAAGCUCCUUAAGCAGCAUGAACUACUCAUCCUCUCGUCUCCCACACAGUUCUAAUGACAGAUUCUCCAGUGGUAUGUCAGGUCCAUCAAGAUUCUACAACUGAACGUUCAUCUGAUGGAUGCAGUCAAGACUGGAUGUGACCUAACUUUAGUCAUAUUUAACAUGGCUUUCCUCACUUUGUUCAUGACCAAACACUUCUUUUCUCAAGUUUUAGGUUGCUUUGUUUUUACAUUGUAUAGGUACAUUUAUUUUUAACUUUAUUUUCCUCAUUCAGUCAUUUUUAGUGAAAUUAAGACUGCGCUUUUUAAUAGCAACACAAGCUUAGACCUAAAUUAGAGAUUAAACCAUCUGUAAGUGAACGUAUUGAAAUCCUUUUAUUGUUAGUGCUUGUUUCUGAAGUUCUGUUUUCAUAACAUUUUGAAAUAAAUUGGUAGUUAAAAAG